AUGGGUAGUUCGCUGUCAUCGUCCAUUCCAAAUUAUAGCACAAAAAUUCAGACAAAAGAUGGGAAAACAUUUACGAUUUUCUAUCACGAUUUGGUCGACCACCUGUUGUUACUUCGUAAAGUCAUUGCUCAUCCGGAAAUGACCCAGCAGGGUGAAACUCUCAAUUAUUUUAUUAAAGAUUACUGUAAACGAAUGGCACAACAAGAAAUGAAAACUAAAGCUCAACAGUUAAAAUUACCAUGGCAAAUCGAGUGGAUCUGGCACGUUCAUCGCCUUCAUCCACUUGCCUAUCAAAACGACUGUUUAAAACAGCUCAACGGUCAACUGGUCGAUAAAACUGUUCGAAAAUUAUUUUAUAAAAAAAAAGACCCAGUCGUCGUUUUCACUUCGACCAAAGAUUCAUCAUUCGUUCCCUCAAUCGAUUUAGCAAAAGCUGUACUUCGUCAACGAGAUUUUCUUGAUAAAUUUCAGAGACAUCAACUAUUUGCAUUUGAUUUACGGAAGCUCAAUCGUACCACAUUUCAAAAUUUGGUGCAAAAUUAUAUUUCGUUUUUGAAACUGGCCACGAAAAAUGAAAUGAUCGUACCCACGUUUGACAUUGACAUUAUGUGGCAUACACAUUUGAGAUAUCCGUCACGUUAUCAAGAAGUUUGUAUCGCUUUGUGCGGGUUUCUUCUGGAUCAUGAUGACUCGAUCGAAAGCGGCACUCUGACAAAUGCCUAUCAACAGACAGCUGACCGGUGGAAAAAAGCCUAUCGGUCGGAGUAUGGCCAAGAUGUCGAUCGUAAUCAUUUACAGGCCUCUAGAUAUCUUAGUUCGUGUGCUAUGGUUUUUAUGCCCGUUUUUAUUGGCGGUGGAGGAUAUUCGUCUUGCGGUGCAAUUGGAGGCGAUGGUAAUUGCGGCGAUGUAGCGUGUGGUGGAGGUGGAGGUGGGGAUGCAUGCAGUUCGUGUGGUAGCGGUGGAGGUGGAGGUGAUAGUGGCGGAGGUUGCGGAUCGAGUUGUGGAGGGGGAUGUGGAGGUGGUUGUGGUGGAGGCUGCGGUGGUGGUUAA